AGGAUUUUGGAUCCGCUCAUCCUUGGCGGUGGGGAGUCGAUGGACGUCGUUGGUGGGUUUUAAGUUUUGACUUGCAAUCGACGCCUCAUUUUAUAGAGGCUCAGCUUCGAUAGAUUGUUCACAAGGAGUGAUUUCUAUGCAGCAGUUGGUGCUGACAGGAUGGACCGUAGAGCUGAUUAGUAAUAUGUAAUAAAUUGGAUCGGCUUGAGUUCAUCUUUUGGUAGUCCACAAGGGGUGGGAUCUAUCUCCAGCUAUGGCAAAGGCAAUGCAAGCCACGCAUGCUCUGGCUUUGCCUGCAAUGUUGAAGGGUGCUUUAUUCAAAUCGGUGCACGCGUUGGGAGCAUCUGGUUCCAUUCGUCAUUACUAUGUUGCUCAGUUAAACAGAUCAGUUUUGUGCCACAUUUCAGUAAAUGAGAUCAAUCUAGGGAGCACACUAUUCCUCAAUUCUAAGAAAAUUACAGCAGCAUGUGGCCGGUCUUCAGUCAGCACGACGUCGUAUCGUAGGGGAAUGCUCGCAACCUGCAGAAUGUCAGCUCUCACAGAGACUGUCAAGGAAGGAACGACGGAGUCACUGAAACCGCUUGAUCCCGAGAUAAAAGGUGAUGCAAUUCGCAAGCGGUUCCUUGAGUUCUAUGCUGCCCGGGGCCACAAGGUCCUUCCGAGCUCAUCGUUAGUACCUGAUGACCCGACAGUCCUGCUCACCAUAGCGGGAAUGCUGCAAUUUAAGCCUAUCUUUCUGGGCCAGGUGCCGAGAUCAUAUCCUUGUGCGACGACCACGCAGAAGGUUGUUAGAACUAACGACAUUGAGAACGUCGGUCGCACUGCACGCCACCAUACUUUCUUCGAGAUGCUAGGAAACUUUAGUUUUGGAGAUUACUUUAAGCGACAAGCAAUUGCCUGGGCGUGGGAAUUGGCCACUCAAGAGUUCAAGCUCCCCUUAGAGAGGGUAUGGGUCAGUGUCUUUGAGGACGAUGAUGAGGCUUUUGCCAUAUGGCGGGAUGAGGUGGGAGUUCCUGUGGAGAGGAUAAAGCGUAUGGGAGCUGAAGACAAUUUUUGGUCAAGCGGUGCUACUGGCCCUUGUGGGCCAUGCUCAGAGAUGUAUUUCGAUUUUCAUCCUGAGCGGGGUACCGACGAUGCGGACUUGAAUGAUGAUAGCCGCUUCAUCGAAUUCUACAAUUUAGUAUUUAUGCAGUACAACCGUACUGAUGAUGGACAACUCGAGCCUCUCAAGAAUAAAAACAUUGAUACUGGCCUUGGUUUAGAACGCAUGGCUCAGAUUCUUCAGCAGGUUCCAAACAACUAUGAGACAGAUUUAAUAUACCCAAUAAUAGCGCGCGCUGCUGCACUCGCUAAUGUGGAUUAUCAAUCAGCAGAUGAUCGGGUUAAAACAUAUCUGAAGGUCAUUGGAGAUCACACCCGAGCUGUAGUGUAUCUUAUAUCUGAUGGUGUGUACCCAUCAAAUAUAGGAAGGGGUUAUAUAGUUAGACGACUUAUUAGACGUGUGGUACGCAUGGGUCGUUUGCUGGGAAUUCGUGGCGACGGUCAAGGAAACCAAGAAGGGGCCUUCUUACCAACAGUUGCAGAGGUUGCGGUUGCUAUGAGUAAAGAUGUUGACCCCAAUGUCGAGCAACAAAAGAUCAAGAUUUACAAUGAAUUGAAAAGAGAAGAGUUACGCUUCGUGCAAACGUUAGAGAAGGGGGAGAAGUUGCUUGAAGAACUGCUUGCAGAAGCGUUGGAGAAACGCGGGACCGACACGCCGUGUUUGAGUGGAAAAGACGUAUUUAGACUUUAUGACACCUUUGGGUUCCCGGUAGAAAUCACUGAAGAGGUUGCCUCUGAGCGGGGAGUGACUGUCGAUCUUGCAGGAUUUGAAUCGGAAAUGGAAAUUCAGAGAAAACAGUCGCAAGCUGCUCACAAUGUAAUAAAAUUAGCAGUAGGAGGGGCUGCUCAGGAAAUGCUUGCUCAAGUACCCGAAACUGAGUUUCUUGGUUACGAUGAUCUCACAAGUUCUUCUUCAAUAUUGGCCAUCCUUGCCAAUGGUGAAGCACUGGGUGAAGCCUCAGAAGGAGAGGAGGUAGAGCUUCUCUUGGACAGAACGCCAUUUUAUGCUGAGUCCGGAGGACAGGUAGGUGAUCAUGGUUACCUCCGGGUUUUCGGUGGAGAUAGUGAAGCCGUGGUGAAAGUGAAAGACGUCGUGAAAGAAGCUGGCAGAUUCCGCCACAUUGGAGUUGUUCAAGACGGAAUUGUAAAGGUUGGGCUGGGUGUGGAGGCUGAGGUUGAUCCCGUCUUAAGAACGCGAGCACAGAUUCACCAUACAGCAACACAUCUUUUACAAGCAGCUCUCAAGAAUGUCUUGGGCUCUGAUGUUUCACAAGCUGGAUCUUUAGUCUCUUUUGAUCGUCUUAGAUUUGAUUUUAAUCUGCCAAGAGCGAUGACAGACGCCGAGAUAAAUAAGGUUGAAAUGCUUGUCAAUGAGUGGAUUGGUAUGGGAGUACCUGUUACUUCUGAAGAGAUGGCUAUUGCAGCUGCUAAAGAGAAGGGAGCUAUAGCCAUGUUUGGGGAGAAGUAUGGGGAACAGGUUAGGGUGAUCUCCGUGCCAGGCAUUUCCAUGGAACUUUGCGGAGGAACUCAUGUGAGGAAUAUUGCUGAGAUACGAGGUCUCAAAAUAAUGUCUGAACAAGGAAUUGCGUCGGGAGUUAGGCGGAUUGAGGCUGUAGCCGGUAAUGCAUUCAUUGAGUAUAUCAAUGCUCGAGAUGCCGUGGUGAAGCAGCUCAGUGCCUCACUCAAGGUCAAGGCCGACGAUUUGGCUGGUCGGGUGGUAGGCCUGCAAGAAGAGGUGCGCGCAUCAAGAAACGAAGCUGCUGCUCUGCGUGUAGAGCUUGCAGUGGCGAAGGCAGAAGCUUUAUUAUCGACAGCUACGUCCAUUGGUGAUUCCAGCACAAGGGUUUUAGUAGCUUCGUUGGACAAAAUUGAUGCAGAGUCGCUAAAAGCUGCAGCUGAGCACCUCCUUGCAAAGUUGGGUGACCCUGCAGCAGUCGUUGUGGGUUCAUCUCCUGGAGAUGGCAAAGUAAGCUUAGUAGCCACUUUUAGCCCGAGUGUUGUGAAGCAGGGGAUUCAAGCAGGAAAAUUCGUGGGCACAAUUGCCAAAAUAUGUGGAGGAGGCGGGGGUGGGAGGCCCAACUUUGCACAAGCAGGUGGAAGGCAACCCGAGAAAUUGGAUGAAGCACUUGAGAAAGCAAGAGAGGACCUGAAGGCUCAGCUGACCAAGUCCUCGUAGGAUAUGUUGCGCAUCAUAUUCUUGUAGUACUGUGAAGGUGGUAAGAUGGCUGUUGGGAAGCUGUAGAAGGGAAAUCUUUUGCUCCUUUGUUCAAUAUGUACUCUAGUCAUUGUUCUCCUCAACCCUUAUGCAAUUGCAACCAUUUUUAUGGAUUACUACCACGGUGUGCAGAGACACCAACGUUUUCUUCAA